AUGCCAGACAGCCUUGACGCAUGCCUUCGAAACUGUGUUCAGCAAAUGGCAACCUGCCCUGCUCCUGCUCCAGAUUUGCGGCCAACUGGACCAGAGUGCCAGCAUGGAUGUGGUUGGACAGCCUUUCCUGGGCGCACUACAUGCUGUCGGUCCUGCCAGGGUAACGAGGGCCCUCAUUCCAAGGACUGUAGCACCAAGAAUAGACCGAGCCACACAAGUGGCCCAUUGUGUGAGCAAGGAUGUGGAAGAAGAUCUUUCGGGUCUUUUACAACAUGCUGCACUCGCUGCCGUGGUCCAAAAGGCCCUCAUGCUGGCGAUUGUGCGCACAAGGGAGUCAACGCCACUCGUGGCGUGGAUUUUGACUUGGAGGAUGGGCUGAGGCGUCAGCUGGAGGAGUGGCACGCAGUCGGAGCCAUGCAGAGCGCGCAGCAGGUGCAGGAUGUGAUUCGAGAAUUGUCCAGUUCAGCCGGAGUUGCUGAACAGGUUGUGAAGAUGUUGUGGCUGUCCAUAGCCAGGCAAACAAGGCCAUCAAAAGGCCCUUUGGCUGUGUACCUUGACCUUGCCAAGAAACACCAUGGCGUGGAUGUGGAAGUGAUCGAUUUGGGCCAAUACAGCGCGAAACAUAGCAAUUCCUGCAUGUUUCUGACUUGCGCGGUUGCCUUGGCGGAGCGACGAGAAAAAGGUCACGAUGAUGGGCCUUUGGGGGUUGUGGGCGACCACAUCGAGGUGUCAGCGCCUUUCGGCCAGGCGCUGUCGAGUUAG